CCAAUGAGCUCGCGCCCCGGCCGAGGUAAAACCACCACACGGCGCAGAUUCGACACCAGUUGUGGACAGACAAGCAGUGCGGGUGGAACGACGCUCCUUCACACGUGACAAUGAACCGUGCUACCAAGUCAGGAAUUGCCGCUGAGGCCCAGUCAAAGGUCGAGGCCAAGUACAGCGAACAGCUGGCCGCAGAGUGCCUGGAAUGGAUCGCCGCCGUCACGGGGAAGGACGUGGACCCCAGUGGUUCCAUGGACAACUUCUAUGAGCAGCUCAGGAAUGGCGUCCUGCUCUGCGAGGUUAUCAAUGCCCUGAAGCCUGGGCACAUCAAGAAGAUCCAGACCUCUAGCAUGGCCUUCAAGUGCAUGGAGAACAUCAACAACUUUGUGGAUGGAGCCAAGGCGUGUGGCGUGCCCUCUCAGGAGACCUUCCAGACUGUGGACCUGUGGGAGAAGCAGAACCUCAACUCUGUAGUCAUCUGCAUCCAGUCUCUGGGAAGGAAGGGUAGCCAGUUUGGAAAGCCCUCUAUUGGACCCAAGGAGGCUGAGAAGAAUGUGCGCAACUUCACUGAGGAACAGCUGAAUGCCUCCAAUGCUGUCAUCAGUUUGCAGUACGGCUCCAACAAGGGUGCCAACCAGGCAGGAAUGUCCUUUGGCAACACCCGCCACAUGUAGGCUGCACGCUGAGCUGCUGUGGAAAUUCAAAAUUGCGCCACAAGAAAGGGAGGGAAAAAGUAUGGGAUUGGAAAUUUAUUCUCUUGGGUACUGUUGGUGUACAGUGUCAUCAUAGUUUAUUUUUCAGGAAUCACAGUUGAUGAAUUGAAGGAUUAUUCUUCAUACAGAAUGUUGGUGGGCUGGUCAAGGCAGGUUCAUGUUAACUUUGGUUUUGACCUCUCCUCUCCUUCCUUGCCCUGAGGAAACAUAUUUAUGUGCACCUUCCUCAGAUCUUGGAAGGUGUAGGAGGGAACAAAGACCUUAAUGGCUGUUGAGUGAACUGCCUGCGACAAUAAUGGGUUUUAUCUGCUGUUAAUUGAUAAUGUAAGGAGAGCGAUAGUUUUCUAUAAAGAUAUCCUUCAUUUUUUUUUUUUUUUUCAUGUAAAACUUUAUAGGAGAGUACAAUUCAAAGUGCAUAUAUAGUAUAUAUGUUUUUUUCAAAGAAUAUUUAAUCUUAACUUAUAUAAAAAAAAAGUUGCGUUCCAAGGCUGGUUGGUCACGCUUUCAUAAACAUGGAUCACUCUUACACUGCUCAACCUGUGAAGUGAAUGCUGUGUUGCACUCUUCUUCCUCAUUCCUCAUGUUUCUUACCAUUCCUUCAGUUGCUGUCACAUUCCAGGUCUUAGUGAACUUUAAAGAUAAAAAUAAAGUAAAAAGAAUC